GUAUCGGAGUACAAAUUAUUUUUUAAAUUAAUAGUUAACUAUUUUGUAACAGGAAACAUAAUGAAAAUGAUGAAUGUCGAUAAAAUGUUAGCAUUUGCUGGGGAUUUUGGUCCCCAACAAUAUAUUUUAAUGGGAUUAUUUUCUGUGAUAAAUAUUUUAUCAGCAUUUCAUUAUUUUGCACAAACAUUUAUCAGCGUUCUACCCAAUGGAUAUGAGUGUAUAGCCACUAUUACAAAUACGACUUCAAAUAUACAGCGACGUUCGUUGUCAAAUAUGGAGCUGGAAUCAACUUUAGUGAAAAGUCAUCACUAUGAAAGAUGUUAUUCACAAGAGGAUCAAAAUUUACUAUGUCAAAAUGGCUGGGUUUAUACAUUAGAUUAUAAUUAUAGCAGCAUUGUUGAUGAGUUGAAUUGGAUUUGUAACGAUGCAUGGAAACCGGUCUUGGGACAAUCCCUAUUUUUUAUUGGAUCUGUAUUUGGAUCGAUGGCUUUGGGUAUUUUGGCUGAUUAUAUUGGGCGGUUACAUGUUCUUGUAUUGGCGAAUAUGUUGGCAGUGCUGGGAAAUAUUAUUACGUUUUUAUCAAACUCCCUUCCCACAUUCGCUGUUGGGCGAUUCAUUGCAGGAAUUGCUACUGAUAGUAAUUUUGUGAUGAUGUAUAUUAUAGUUAUGGAAUACAUUCGUCCUAAUAUGCGAACAUUUGGUCUGAAUGUAUGUAUUGGAUUUUUUUAUUGUAUUGGGUGUAUGAUAGUUCCAUGGGUAGCCGUAUACUCACAAACAUGGCGAACAUUUUUAAUUUUCAUUACGUUACCAUUAUUAAUUGUGUUAACAUUUUAUUUUAUUGUGCCAGAGAGUGCUCAAUGGUUAAUAAGUCGUAAACGUAUAGAUGACUCAAUUCGAUGUUUUCAACGUAUUGCAAAAAUGAAUGGCAAAACAAUACCUGAUACAGCUAUCGAAGAUUUGAAAAAAUAUUGUGAAUUAAAUAUUUCAUCUCAAAAAACUGGCCAUUUGAUUGGAUUAUUUAAAACACCAUGUUUACGGAGAAAAAUUUGUAUAUUAAUAUUCAAAUCGAUGGUGAUAACAUUAUGCUAUGAUGCCAUAUCCAGAAAUAUAAAUGGUCUUGGUUUUUCGCCGUUCGUAAUGUUUACAAUAACCUCAUCCGCAAUUUUACCAGCUUGUCUGUUAAUAUUAAGUUUACAGGAUAUAGUUGGACGCAAGGCUAUGGCCUGUUCUUCGCUAUUUAUCAGUGGAUUGUUUACAUCUAUUACUGGAAUAUUAAUAACGACAGUGCCAAAUCCAGAUGUUUACUUUACGUUAGCUCUAGCAUUAAUCGCUAGAUUUGGUAUAACAGUUGCUUAUAAUUCUGGUGCACAAUAUGCUGUAGAAUUAAUACCAACAGAAGUACGUGGUCAAGGAGUUGCAGCUGUACACGUGGCUGGUUAUGCAGCCACAUUUUUCAGUUCACAUAUUUUAUACUUGGGUGAAUUUAAUCGUGCUUUACCCGAACUGAUUUUAGGGUUCUUAUCAAUAUUAGGUGCCGUAACAUGUUUGUUCUUACCGGAAACGUUAAAUCGGACCCUACCAGUAACAUUAGAUGAUGGGGAACAAUUUGGUGAAAAUGAAGGUGUUUGUGAUUUUGCAUGUUGCUUACGCACUCAAGCAACAUCAAGUACUUUACAAUUAGUGAACAGUGCAACGGAUAUGAAAUCGCACGGGAGCAUGCAAGUUUAAUAAUUAACUUUUUUCUAAAAUAUAUGUUAUAGUAUUAUUUAUAUUAUAUAUGAUAUA